AUGCACCAGCUACAUUCAUCUGGGUCGAGAAAUGAACAUGAUGAACGACCUGAUCCCGAGCUAGGCAGGAGGAGACGAGCAGCUUGGGGAGCGUAUAAGAGCAUCGAGGAUGUAGUGAAGAAGUCGGAGAACACUCGGCUCCAUGCUCAUCUCCUCAACACCACCGUACUUCCUGCUCCGACCUAUGCUUCAGAAACCUGGGCAUUUCGCAAGCACGAAGAAGACGUGGUGAGCGUCUUUGAACGUGCAAUUGAGAAAGUGGCGCUGGAAGUAUCCCGCUUCACACAGACGAGAGACGGGAUUCGAAGUUCUCUCCCACGUCAGCGAUCGAAGAAAGGAAAGUAA